AUGUGUAAAACUUUCUUAUGCACACCGACAUUUUUUCUUCCGUUCUUAUUUUGCAUCCAAUAUCGACCAGCGCCAUAUUUGAACCAUUGUGAUCAUAACCUCCAUCACCGUGUCUUCACCGAAUUUAUUUCAAGCAGCAACAUAAACCUUCUAGCUCUUUCACCCCAGCAUCUAAUCGACAGGUGUUUGCUCCCGUGGCACGGUCCAAUAUACAUAUUUCGACCUCCGGCUUACACGAAACCCUUCGAAUUUGCACCUGUUGGCCAAGUCAUGGAUGGGGCAAAGCUUACCAAAGAGGCUCCAAAAGUCCGCCGGCUAGACCUCUCAAAAGCAACAUAUUCGAAUUUUUUAUCCGCACCCAAGUCCGCCCCCGCAUGGAUAAAGAAACUGACAAGGAGGUCAACUUCUGGAACACUUGCAACCGAACCUGAGGAAACAGGAUCUUCUCCAAUCACCGCCACCGAUAGUUCACAUCCUCGAGACGAAAAUAGCCCCCAAUCACUUGGUAGCUAUAACCAUUCCGACAACAUUUCACCCUCUGUCAACAAUUACGGAAAUCUCCAAGAAACUGAGGAAAUAGUUUCAUCUCCCAUCGAAACUUCACCGAAUCCAAUCCCACAAGCAGGGGAUAUUUUUUUGCCUACCGAUGACUCGAGUAAUAGGGAAACCUCAUCAGGAUGGAUCGAUCUGAAGUCCCUCGAUUCUUCUUCUGCAGGAAAGAUUGCUGUUGUGGAGAAGGCUGUCGCGCCCGGAAGGCUUUCCCUUUCAGUAACGUCUUCCACCCCUUUUUCAAAGCUAGGAGGGAAUUUCUUAGCCCGGAAAUUUACCUCCAAGGCCAAUAGAAGGAUCAGCGUAGACAUGAUUGGUCAGCCACUCACAUCUAGACAUUUGUAUCACACCAGUGAUCCCGAUAAAGCAGGUGAAAUUCUCAAAACGUGGAAUGAUCAGGUUACUGGAAAACUCGCUGCGAUGGCGAACCCCGGUUCUUCCCAGAGAACGGCAGAUGGGAAUGUGGCUUCAGGGUCCGAACGAGAGUCUUGCUCGGCAAAUCUCAAAGACGGGAGUGAAAAGCCGCCGAAUCCGAAAUCCCAAGCGCCUGAAUUCACUCAGAUGCUCUAUGGUAGCCCGACAUUUUCUUCAGAGCCUCAAAAUAACAUCCCCGCAUCCGAUAUAAACCAAACUGUUAUCGUGCGGAAGCAAGCACCACGCACACGGCUCACCUUAGAUUUUUCAGGUCUGGGCGCACCAGCUAGCUCGUCAAGUGACACGGGCUACCUCACCCCGUCAAUGUUCUCAGAGGCUCUCGAAGGCAUCGCUGAAGAAAAAUCAGAGGCUCAAUUAUCCCCCAGCGUCAUUACAGUGGAGAAGGCUGUGGCGACGAAGAUUUUUUUCGAAAAGCAUUAUGAUGCAAUUCUGAAGCGGCCCAAAGACCGAGACGAACGGAAGAAGGUAAUGGAAGCUGAGCUUUUGCGACUCAAAAUCAAUGACCAUGAUCGUGAAGAAAUUGUGAGCAACUGGAAUCGAAGUGAAACGGCUUACCUGCGCGAAAUUCGGAACAGGGUGGGGAUUGAAAACUUCAAAAAGCUAAAAACAAUUGGUCACGGCGCGUUCGGGGUCGUGUCUCUAGUCAGGGAAGAGAUCACUGGCGAAUUACUAGCAAUGAAACAAAUGAGGAAAUCGGACAUGUUGCGUCGCGGCCAAGAAGGUCAUGUCAGGGCUGAAAGAGAUAUAAUGACCGCUGCUAGCUCGACCUGCCGCUGGAUCGUUCGGCUGGUUUAUUCUUUCCAAGACGUGGAUCAUCUGUACUUGGUUAUGGAGUACAUGGGAGGAGGGGAUAUGCUGAACUUGCUGAUUCAACGAGAUACUUUUCCAGAAUCAAUGGCCAAGUUUUACGUUGCGGAAAUGAUCCUCGCAAUAGAAGAGGCCCACAAACUAGGAUAUCUACAUCGUGAUAUCAAGCCUGACAACUUUCUAUUCGAUAGAGAAGGGCAUGUCAAACUAUCAGACUUUGGCUUGGCCACCGACUUUCAUUGGGCUCAUGAUGCAGCGUAUUAUGAGCACCAGCGGAUUGACCUCUUACACAAACACGGAAUUGAUCUUGAGGAUGGACUUCCCAAUCUCAAGCGACUUGAUCAAGCGUACUCGCUAGAUGAAGAUUCCACCGGACCCAACCAUUUGGCUGCUGGGACCAAGGAAGACCGAUUACUGACUAUUAGGGAUCGAAAGCGUAAGAAAAUGGCUUUCUCCGUUGUUGGUACAAACAACUACAUGGCACCAGAAGUGCUGAAGUCGGGCGGAUACGAUCGGGCGUGUGAUUGGUGGAGCCUGGGAGUAAUUCUCUUUGAGAUGAUCUAUGGAUAUCCUCCGUUCAGCUCUCGCUCUCGCCAAAUUACACGCACCAAAAUAAUGCAAUGGAAGUCUUAUCUACGAUUUCCGACCAGUCCCCGGGUUUCCCAACAAGCUAUCCAGUUCAUGCAAUCCCUAUUGUGUGAUAGAAAGGAUCGUUUAGGAUCCACAGUUCGCCCGCCACUUCCUCAGCGUAACGCUCCACGCAAUCCCGCAUCAAAAUGGUUGAACUCUGAAUCAAGCAUUCAGCGAGAUGGUGCGGACGAACUGAAGGCACAUCCAUGGUUCAAGGGAACCGAUUUUAAAACCAUCCAUUUGGAGAAACCGCCAUUCAUACCCAAACUGAAGUCGGAAACCGAUACUCGUUAUUUUGAAGAAAAUAUUGACGCAAAUCCACUUCCUCUGCCCGGUGGGGCUGCUGCUCAAACUCGCGACGCACUUUUGGGACACUCGAAGUACGGAGCUGAUGUCCUUGAAACGAGGAAAAAGCAUGCGUUUGUUGGGUAUACUUUCAAAAGCCCCCGGAGAGAAGUCUUUGAUCCACGCAGGGGAUUCCUUCUCCAAAACUUCAACUCCGGAUCUGCUGAGGACGCCAAAGCACAGGCCCCCCAGGUUGUUGAAGAGCCGAUUACUCAAGCCCUUCUGCAGGCUGUAUUGGAGGACGAAGCAGACGAAAACAUGCGCCGCAUGUCAAUUUGA